UGAAAAAUAAUUACUCAAGUAAAGUACAAAUACCCAAAAAGUCUACUGAAGUACAGUAUUUGUACUAACAACUCUGGUAAAUCCCAAUAAAUGAAUGACUGAUGGGUGUUCAACACCAACAAGCUGUAGCGUUCAGCUUGUGAACAUCUUUCACCACUAGAGGGCAUCGUUGCACAAAAAAUUCACAAAUCACACAUUAAUCCACUGUUGGGCUCUGAAGGACGCAACCCUGCGUGAUUAAACCGCUGCAGUGCGUCGCUUUCAAMACACAAGAGACAACCGACUAACUAAUAAAGCGGCGACUGGCAGCAAAAACAAACACAACAUGUAUGCGGGACGAUUCCUCUACUAGAACAACACACUCCAUGGAAACURAACACAACGCAACACCCGCCUCUUUAAGACCAACCAUUGGCKCAACACAAACACUUCUAGCUCCGCCUCUACGAGCUGUGAUUGGUCAGAGCUGCUGUGUGUCAGGAAGGAAACACGGAAAGGAGCCCAAAAAAAAAAAAAAAGUUCUGGAGCGAAUCCUGGUCGGAUCAUGUCUGCUGGCCGCUGCUGAGGAGAACUUUUAGCACCAAACACCUCCUGCAGGAGCCAGGAGAAACACGAGGAGGGGAGCUCGGAGCGCAACGUGCGGGUGGAUGUGAGGGGGACCUGGUCGGAGCCGGGGGGCCCGGUGUGUUUGUUCGGUUUCCAGGGGAGGGGGGAGGCUGGUUGAUGUCACCACAGAGAGGAGGAGGAGGAGGAGGACAGGUGCGAGGAGGCAAAGUUUAUUCUCCGUGGACGAGGAUGUGUCACUAAGAAGGAGACGGUGCUUGAAGUUUCCCAGGUUUUUUUUAGUUGUUCUUUUUUAUUUUUUAUUUUUGAACUGAAAGAAGGAUUUAAUUAAGCGUUUGGAUCCAGAAGGUUGUGCUGCGACGAGACGAUCUGUUUGUGUCCCGACAGGAUUACAGGCUGAGGGGGGUUUGAGACGCCCCCAGCUCUCCGCUUCACUGCGGCACCGACACARCGGACUCACAACAUUUCCCACUCAGAGUGGGAGCUUAAAGAAAUGUUUCUUUUAGCCACCCUGGGAUGUCCUGAAACACACAGCGUWGAGCUUAACUUCUGUAAUUCGCGGUGAUUUGCGCGUGCGUCAUUACGUUCUGAGGGUCUCUGAAGGACGUGUUGUUGACUCGCUGCUUUUCUGGCCCCCCCAAAAUGUCCAAGACCCUGAAAAAGAAAAAGCACUGGUCCGCCAAGGUGCAGGAGAGCACCGUGUCCUGGGGAGGCACCGGGGACCUGACCGCCGUGCUGGAGGUGCGUGGCGGCGCGGAGCUCGGACAGUUCCCCCACGUCGGGCGUGUGCUGUCCGAGGCGGCGGUGUGUGAGGCGGGGAGGCUCCCCUGCAGCGGCGACGUGCUGCUGGAGGUCAACAGCACUCCGGUGAGCGGACUCACACACAGGGACACGCUGGCGGUCAUCCGACACUUUCGGGAGCCCGUCCACCUGAAGACCGUGAGACCAGGUAAGGUGCUGAAUAUUGAUUUGCAUCACUACCUCAGCUUGCAGUUUCAGAAGGGCUCCCUGGACCAUAAGCUCCAGCAGGUGAUCAGAGACAACCUCUACCUGCGUACCAUUCCCUGCACCACUCGGCAGCCCAGAGAGGGGGAGGUUCCAGGAGUAGACUACAACUUCAUCAGUGUAGAGGAGUUCCACGCGCUGGAGGAAAGUGGGCUGCUGCUGGAGAGUGGAACAUAUGAAGGUAACUUUUAUGGAACACCAAAGCCUCCCUCAGAGCCAAGCCCUGUACAGCCAGACCUGGUGGACCAGGUUUUAUUUGAUGAAGAUUUUGACACAGAGGUCCAACGAAAACGCACAACUUCAUUCAGUAAGAUGGACAGAAUAGACAGCACAGCCCCAGARGARGAAGAAGAGGAAGAGAGACCUCCUAUUGCCAACGGUGUGGGAGAGCACAAGGACAAGCUGGAGUGGAGGAGGWUGGUGCCCAGCUACAGCCAUUCGCCGGGGCCCGUGGAUCUCCGUGUCUGGAAUACACUGGAUGAAAGUCAGGAGCCUUUACCUAAAAACUGGGAGAUGGCCUACACAGAAACUGGAAUGGUUUACUUUAUAGAUCACAACGCCAAGACCACCACCUGGCUAGACCCUCGCCUCGCCAAGAAAGCCAAGCCACCUGAGAAAUGCGUUGAAGGAGAGCUGCCCUACGGCUGGGAGAAGAUUGAAGACCCUCAGUUUGGCAACUACUAUGUUGACCACAUCAACCAGAAGACCCAGUUUGAGAAUCCAGUAUUGGAAGCUAAGAAAAAGAGUGCAUCUGCAGCACCAACACCAGCAGCUGUGCCCACAGGAGACGAUUCUGCUCAGGGAACACGGGGUUUUACAAAAGAUCCCGCUCAGCUUCAGGGUUCCAUCCUGCAGACAGCGCUUAGAAAAAGUCCACAAGGAUUUGGGUUCACCAUCAUCGGAGGAGACCGCCCAGACGAGUUCCUCCAGGUCAAAAACAUCCUCCCUGAUGGACCUGCUGCACACGACAACAGGAUUGCCCCGGGCGACGUCAUUGUGGACAUCAACGGGACAUGUGUGCUGGGGAAGACUCACACCGAUGUGGUCCAGAUGUUCCAGUCCAUCCCAGUCAACCAGUUUGUGGAUUUAGUCCUGUGCCGGGGCUACUCCCUGCCCGAGGACUCCAGCAGCAGCAAGGAAGCAUCAGGAAGCCUCCUCGCUUCAAAAGACACCUCCCCAUCCCUGUCCACCUCCACACCACAGGACCCUUACACGGUCCCAAACGGGGGAGCCCUGUCCCGCCAGGCRUCCUCCGUGCCACCUCUGAGCAACGGGGGGUGCCACCACCACUACGCUCAUCCCCAGCAGCAGCAGCAUCAACAGGCUCCUCUUGACCAGAACCAGGAGGGACCAGAGGCCGCUCUGUUGCAGCCGGAGCUGGUGAGCGUACCCCUGGUGAAAGGCCCCGGAGGGUUCGGCUUCGCCAUUGCAGACUGUGCCUUGGGACAAAAGGUGAAGAUGAUCUUGGAUGCCCAGUGGUGCCGCGGCUUGCUGAAGGGCGACGUCAUCAAGGAGAUCAACAGACAGAACGUCCAAACGCUGAGCCACUCCCAGGUGGUGGACAUCCUCAAAGACCUGCCACUGGGCAGCGAGGUCAACCUGCUUGUGCUGAGAAGAGGUCAGACAUCUCCUGUGAAAUCACUGAAACCUUGCACAGCUCCCGUGUCCAGCGCCGGGUCCCAGCCCAGUCUUCAUCAGGCUGCUCCUCCUGUUUCCCAGCAGCUGUCCCCCCUAUCCAACCAGUCCACCGCCCAGCAGCAGCAGGACAUGCAGGACAUGACAAACAGCACAGAGACCCUCAGCCAGCAGGAGGCACUCCCCGACACCCCGUCCUCGUCUUCACCCAAACCGGACCCGUCUGAGAUCUACCUCAAGUCGAAAGCAAUGCUGGACAGCAGGCCGCUGAACACCAAGGACCUGGAUGUGUUCAUCAAAAGAAACCAGGAGUCAGGAUUUGGCUUCAGAGUCCUGGGAGGAGAGGGACCUGAUCAGCCGGUGUACAUUGGCGCAAUUGUCCCACUGGGUGCAGCAGAGAAGGACGGACGUUUGCGCGCUGGAGACGAGCUUCUUUGUAUAGAUGGUGUUCCUGUCAAGGGCAAAUCCCACAAGCAGGUGCUGGAGCUGAUGACCAACGCAGCACGGAACGGUCAGGUCAUGCUCACAGUCCGCAGGAAGUUGGUUCAGUCAGGAGGAGGACAGCAGCCAGCAGCCGCAGCAGGUAUCCUCAGCUCUGGUCAGCAGCUCUUCCAAGAUCCCUCCUGUCGAGGUCCCGAAUGACGCACCACUCGCUCAGACCUUUCGACCGGAGAGCUUCAAUGUCACCCUGCAGCGCAAAGACAACGAAGGCUUUGGUUUUGUCAUCCUCACAUCRAAGAACAAGCCCCCGCCUGGAGAUGGGGCUCCUCCAUCUGGAACAAACUCCGUCAAGCACAGCCCAUCAGCCCAACACAGAGCCGUGGGCCAACAGCCUCUUAAUUACCAAGACAGAAAUGACGACUCCGAGGUGAAGAUUUCGCUCCAACCGAGUGAGAAAGGAACAUUUAUCACUUCAGGCCCCAAACAGGGCUGCUGUGUGGUGGAGCUGGAGCGCAGCGAGCGGGGCUUCGGCUUCAGUCUGAGAGGAGGGAAAGAAUACAACAUGGGUCUGUACAUCCUGCGUCUGGCUGGGGAUGGACCGGCUCUUAGAGAUGGAAGGAUACACGUUGGAGAUCAAAUUGUGGAGAUCAACGGUGAGGCAACCCAUGGCAUCACACACACUCGAGCAAUUGAGCUGAUCCAAGCAGGCGGCAACAAGGUCCAUCUGCUGCUCCGAGCGGGCCAGGGCCUGGUCCCAGAUCACAGUUCAAAAGACAAAGCACCUGCUCCAACACGCUUUCCCAGACUCUCUGCGUCUGAUGACCAGUUGUCUCCAGUUUCUCCGUCCUCCAWCUUCCUCUCUACCUCAGAAGGACCUUCUUCCCCCAAAGUGUUGGCCUCUAAUGACGUCUCCAGAGGGGACCUCAGAGUGUCUGGGUCAGCCGACGAUGGACAGGCCAACAGAUCAAGAGGACAGCAGCUUCUUYACAACAGCCAGAAGCGUACCACCAACCCCAGCACCUCCACGACACAAGCUGCCAGGGCCAACUCAGAGUCUGGCAGUUCAGGGAAAGCCACCGAAGGCCGGACGGAUCACAUGGAACAGACCCAAAGCCCCCCGAAAACAGAGCGAGGCCGCAGCGGAUCCCAGGAUGACAUGAUCGAGGAGAGAAAAGCCCAAGGGCAGAGACACCCCCGCUCCUCUAGUCCAAGGAAAGGUUCCAGGAAGGAGCGUGAUCCCACAACGCGUUCAAGGAACCUGGAGGAGCCCCCGAGCCCCCGGCGCCCGGCGGGCCAGCAGCCCAGUGCUUCCACUAAGGAAUCUAAGGACAGAAAGCAGAAAGGGGAGGACGCCACCCACCGGCAGGAGAGAGGGGCCGCGGAGAGUGGGCGCAAAGGCUCGGGAGCCGGCGAGCGCCGCAGGAAGGGAAAGCGAACCGAGGCGAGGUCAGAUGCCGACCCCGGCCCCACGAGCCAGAAGAGUGGAGGUGACCGGGCUGACAGAGAGCCCCCAGGAGACCGGCUGCAGGAGACAGCUGAGGACGUGAGCAGGAAGAAUCCCGCAGGUUCCAGUAGCGGCAUCAUCCAGGACCCCAACUGCAAGAAGGCUCCCAUCACCCCGGGGCCCUGGAAAGUUCCCAGCUCCGCCAAAAUCCAGUCCCACGUGGACACAGCAUAUGCAGAUGUAUAAAACCUGAACAGGACUACAUGAAGACGAAACUGAGCCUCUGAAACACAGAUGGGAGGAACUGAAGGAUUUAUUUUUUUAAACUGCAGAACACUCUGUAACCAGCAACAUACCUUCCCAUUGACUGUUUUUUUCUGUUUGUUGUUUGUUUUUGCACCCAGUUUGCCUCAGACAUGUUGCACCAAGCUGCUGAUGAGUAUUUGUUUCUUCCAUGGAUUUGUGUAAAACUGAAGGGAGUGUUUUUUAUGUUUAUCUUGUUUUUUCUUUUUUCUUGGUUGGUUGCUUUUGGCUGUUUUUGUUGUUGAUUUUUUUAUUUAAUUUAAUUUUUUUGUCUAUUUUGUGCCAAUCAAAUAGUGUACUCCGGUGAUGAAGACUCUGACAGCACCCACUGUGAACCAGUUUGUGGCUGACUUAAUGAAGCACUCGUCCUUUUUUUUUUUUACCCUGAGCACUCAACGGAACCCGUUUCUUAUCUCUCACUUUGAAGGAAUACAAGCAUAUCUCAGCAGCAAGAUUUGAUCACUGUUAAUGAAAAGUUUUUGAGUUGCUCCUAAAAGGAACUCGAGAAAAUCGGUGUCUUCUUAGUCGUAUUUUUAAUUUAGAAAACCCGAGGAAAACUGUGACUAGUGUGACUGCGUUCAAACAUAUGAAGUCGUGAAUCCAAUGUGGGUGGAAGGACCACCCUGGAGCUUUUAUAUGCAUCGAUGAGCAGACCUGAUACUUGUGCUUAUAGAUCUAAUGUUUAUUAUCUGUGUUGUGACAAUAAAACCUGUGUGUAUUUUCUUAGAAA